GAAAAACUAAACUAGGGAUGGCAAUGUGUCGUGUCGGGGGCAGAUAGUGCAUAUCCGUUACCCUAUCCAAUGUAGUUCGGGUUUUACCCAUACCCGUACCCAUACGAGAAACGGGUAGAAAAUCAAAACCAUGCCCAUACCCGUUCGGGUUUCGGGUAUCCACGGUUAUUCAUGGGUAAUAAUUUAUCCUUAUAAUUCCAACCAAUAUGUUAACAUUCACACGUAUACUCACAUUACGUAAGAGGAAAAGUACGAAAAUAAUUCACUAGAAUGACGAAAAUUAAUUAAAACAACAUAAUUUCAUGAAAAUAUUAUAUUUAUAUGCUAAAUAUAAAAUAUUCUAGAGAAAAAUAAUGAUUAUUUCUAGACAAAAUACAUAUGUAUGUGUGUAAUCGGGCGGGUUCGGGUUGGAUAGUGAGAUAACCAUGCCCACCCAUUACCCGCAACAUUCGGUUUCGAGUUUUACCCGUACCCAGUACCCACGAUAAAUGCUUCGGGUUCGGGUUUUACCCUACCCGAUUAGGUCGGAUUCGGGUGGAUAUCCACGGUUACGGAUAUUUUUGCCAUCCCUAAACUAAACCACUUCCCAAUCAACAGACAAACCCACGUGUCAGGCGCUGGGCAAAGGAACAUGCUACCAACAUGUACUCGCAACCACAAGAUGCCUUCUCUCUUAAGGCUUAAACCCUCUGUCCGUCUGAAAAGCCUUCCACCGGUCGAGUCUCUGGAAUCGGAAAACUGCCGGCUUAUCCUUCCGCCAUUGUAGAAUCUUCCUCUGAUGGCUCGCUUUUGCAUAAUUCGCGUUUAAAUCUUUUGCGAAUCUCACCGGCAGGAAGAAUGGCGAUCUCAUCUUCUCUCUCGCACCCGCUCUAUGCCUCGUUUCGUCCUCAACCCCCGGCCAAAUCCAUCAGCCUCGGAUUUCGUACUCCCUCCGUUUUGAGGUUCCAGGGAUCUGCAUCAUGUCCCAAGCCCUGCUACUUAAAUUCUAGUGUUAAGUGGAAUGGAAUCGUCAGGCAUGCGAGGGUUAACGAUAUCUCUUGCAGUAUAAACAUGGCUGCAGGAAAGUCGGACGAUCCUGAAAGGAUAAACUUAAGGAAACUAGCGAACAAAGCAACGAAACUGUGGGGUAGUUGUCCUGCGCCCGUGAGGAGCUUCCCUUGGAACACGGCGUUCGACAACUUCGUACAACUCCUGUUUGAUCUGACAGUGACUGUUGUCAAGUACCUGACUGUGCCAUUACUGCUGAUUACCACCCUGAGUGAGAUGUCAUAUUGUGCGCAUCAUAAGAAGUUGGUCCUUGUCACGUUUCCACUACUUAUCGGCUUUGCUGUUGCUGGGUUCUUAAGAGAUUCUGCUUUGGAACUGUCUCCACUCCUCAAGGAUGCUGAAGUUCCAUGGCAUUUGAUUGCGAUUGCAGCACUUUUUGCAUUAAUCAAAUUGCCAGGCCCGUAUUACCCUUUCUGGGGCCGCAUAUUCAUUCCACAUAUGGCCAAUGGAGUGUUAUGGAGGACUUUGUGGUUUGCCUUCAUGUGGAAUCGAAGACCCAGAAAUGCAUAACAAUCAUCCAACCCAGGUCAUUCGAGAAAGCGGCUGACCUUCUAAUUUUCAGUGGUACAUCGCAGUUGAUUUAAUCCUCGUUAAGUAGUCGCAAUGGUUUCUGUCUUAGGAAGCUUUGCUUGCAUACAUUCCUUUUGUACCACCAACAAAUUUUGAGUGCUAUGAAGUUUUUUCUUCUCCAUUUCCAUACUAGACUGAGGUGAUUUUUGUUCAUCAGGUUUCAGUAUAAGCUGUUUCAUUUCUCAUGCCUUUCUUGGUGAUAUAUGAUGCGUUGAACUGGAUGUUUAGUGGGGUAUAAAGCUUCUCCUUUCUAAUGUGUCAACAGCUAGGCUGCAUGGCUUCAUUUCUUCCUAGGGAGGUUGAGAAGGUUAUUGGUCAGAGACCUUCUUGGCAGUACAUUGCAAUUUAGCUAAGCUAACCAAGGCUUCAAUCCUGAAGCCUGACCUAAUCCAAAUCGAGUUGAAACUUGUACAGCUUCAAAUCUGAAUCUAAUAACCAAGGGUUUCGAACCAUGGUGGCUGGAGUCUGAAGCGACAAAGUUUGAAUUUAGUCGUGCUUCGCAAAAUUACAUCGUUUUUCUUAGUUGUUUUUAAUCCGUCAAGUUUUGAAUUGUUGCAAAUUGGUCUCGAGUCGUGUGAUAGAGUAGUUGGGAGCUUUCAACGAGCCAAGUCAGCUGGUUAGUUGUUGAUGGUUGUUGAAAACCAGGGAUAUGGAGUUAGACAUGUUGGUGAAGGUCGAUCUUGUGACCAGUGCCAUGUACUUAUUGUCAUUUUGCUCAUUCCAAAAAAGUUUUGUGGUUUGCUUUACAAUUUGAGGGUACAUUAUGGUAUCAGAGCACUCUUUGCAAGCUAUACCCUGUUUUGAGUGAUCAAAAGUGAGAAAUCUGCAGCAUAAUUGUAGUAACGGUUUUUUUUUUGGGAAUCAUGAGUUAUUGGUGAGGAUCGUACAAGCAGGGAUUGAGUGAAGCUCGAGGGUGUUGAAACAGAGCAAGUUCGUGUUUGAGAAUAGUGAAAUUGAGAUGAGUGAAAACACCGAGUUGUCUCUCGAGCUCAGUCCGUGGGAGCAGGGCACCAAAAUUCUGUGGUCCGUAUGUUGGAUGGGGCGACUAGGUGUGGUUCUCAUUCGGUUGGUGGAAUGGUUAACAUGAACUAAGAAGGGAGUGUCCUCUUGGCUAAAGGUGUGCGAUUUUCCUGGUCUUGCCUUUGAUGUCUGGAGAUUGGGUUCACAAAGACGACGUUUGCUGGCGACGCUAAAGUGGUCAUUGAUAAACUCAAUCAGGCGGAUACUCGGGAUAAUCGGGUAGGAGCCAUCCUCGAGGAGGUUCUGCGGUGUUUGGCUUCUAACAAUGGGCUUCAUGUGCAAUUUGUAGGUCGGAGUAGUAAUAGAGUGACCCAUUUGGUCGCUAACAAGAUCCUUACAUUAUACCCAAUUACGCGUCGCUUCUUUGAUUUUCUGACCUGGUUAAAUUUCAGAAUAUAAUGAUUUUUUAUUC